AUGUUACGACUUCAUCAAACUCAAUUUGCUCGACAAGAAAUGAUUGAAAUGUGUCGAUUGAAAUAUGAAAAUAGCUUAACUGAUUUAGAGAAGAUCAAUGAAUUUGAAAGAUCCUAUCAACAUAGUGAUGCCUUAAAAUGGUAUACAACAAAUUCUUUUCUUUAUCGACUUCUUCAUCAAGCACUUCGAAUGGAAGAUAUUGAUACUAUUUUUAAACUACGUUAUUAUAUUUAUGAUUUACAUAAUCAACUAACUCAACUUCAUACAUCUUAUCUUCACUCUUUACCAUCGGAUCAACCAAUAUUAACACUAUAUCGGGGACAACGUAUGAAAACUACUGAACUGACAAGACUUCAACAGAAUAUCGACAAAUUAAUAUCUAUGAAUAAUUUUUUAUCAGCAACAAACAAUGUUACAGCUGCUAUCUUUUUUGCUGGUGACGGCUGUCUUAAUGAUCCAGAUGGGGAAGUAUCAGUUGUUUAUCAAAUCAUAAUUGACACCAGUGUUCCUCAUUCAAUUCCAUUCGUAAAAAUUCAGUAUGAAAGUAUAUUUCAAAAUGAAGAUGAAGUUUUAUUUUCCAUGGCUUCAGUUUUUCGAAUAGAUAAUGUUGAACAAUACGGAGCAUUAUGGGUAGUUGAAUUAACCUUAAUCAACAAAGAAGAUGAAACAUGGAAUAUACUUACAGCUCAUUUGAAUCAAUGA